AUUCUUAUAUAUAUUACUGAGUCGUUAUCGUAUUAAUUGAAGGCUUACAAGAUGCCGCGCGCCCUCAAGGAUCUCAGGGACUACCUCGCCGUUUUGAAACGCCCCGAUGCCACUGCCGUGACUGUUUACAAGAAAUCUGGCAAGGGAGGUGUCGUUCUUACUAAAUUCAAGGUGCGCUGCUCUCGUUUCCUCUACACCCUUACUGUGCCCAACCAUGCCAAGGCCAGUAAGAUAGAGGCUUCCAUUCCCAGCCACCUCAAGAAGACUGUCAUCGCAUCUAAGAAGAAGUGAACAGCUUCUAAUGUGAUAACGGGAAUU